CUCACCACAAUGCAAGACCUCAAUAACCGGGCGGAGAAUCAGCAGGGCAGCACAGUGGCGUGCGAGAUGGAAAACUUGGGGAAAGGAGUUUGGGUGAAUCAGGCCUACAGUGGCUCUCCUGCACCUAUCAGACACCCCAUCAGCACCGUCUACAACCCUCAGCCCAUGUUCCACAGCUCUUUGGAGAACAUGAACCAAAUGAAUCUGCCUAACCCCUAUUUGGCUGAGGAUAAAGUGCGAACCAACCCCACAGAGGAGAAGAAUGGAUGCUGCUCCUUUCUCUUGAGAGCUGUCAAAGGACUGUGGGGAACAGCUCUAAGAAAGAACACAAAGGAGAAUCCUGAGCUCAAUGUCAAAGCAAAUCUCAAAGAACUGCUCAUCUACAUUGUUUUUCUAGUGGAUUUGUGCCUGCUGACCUAUGGCAUGACCAGCAGCGCCACCUACUAUUACACGAAAGCUAUGACCGAUCUCUUUGUGAACUUACCGGGUGACAGUAGAAUCAGCUUUUCCUCCAUUGGCACCACGAAUGAUGUUUGGACAUACAUGGAGGGUCCAUUACUUGACAGCCUGUACUGGACAAAGUGGUAUAAUGAUGAACCUCUUCCGAAUGGAAAUCAAUCCUUCAUUUACUACGAGAACAUGUUGUUAGGAGUCCCUCGCAUUCGACAGCUCAAAGUCAAGAACAACUCCUGCAAGGUGCACAGAGACUUCCAGCAGGAGAUUAUGGAGUGUUUUGAUGUGUACAGCAACAAGAAGGAGGAUGACAGCAAGUUUGGACUGAUCAACGGAACAGCCUGGCAGUACCAUUCAGAAAAGGAGAUCAAAGGGUCGAAUCACUGGGGGUUACUGACCACAUACAGCGGAGCAGGAUAUUAUCAAGACCUGGCAAAGACCAGAGAAGAGAGCGCUGCUAUCCUGACGGACCUCAAAGACAAACUGUGGCUUGAUCGUGGAACUCGGGUUCUUUUCAUUGACUUCACUGCAUACAAUGCCAACAUCAAUCUCUUCUGCGUUAUAAGAUUAGUGGUUGAAUUUCCAGCUACUGGUGGAGCAAUUCCAUCCUACCAGAUCCGUACUGUAAAGCUGAUUCGUUACGUCACCACGUGGGAUUUCUUCAUCAUCGGCUGCGAGAUCGUGUUCUGUGUCUUCAUACUCUAUUACAUUGUGGAGGAGAUUCUGGAAUUCCGAAUCCACAAACUGUCCCAUUUCAACAGCAUCUGGAACAUACUAGAUAUAGUAGUGAUUCUGCUUGCUUUGGUGGCAAUAGUCUUCAGUGCAUUUCGGACCAUCAAAGUUGAUGAGAUACUUGGAAACCUUCUAGAAAAGCCUGACAUCUAUGCUGAUUUUGAGUUUCUUGCAUUUUGGCAAACCCAGUACAACAACAUGAAUGCAAUCAAUUUGUUUUUUGCUUGGAUUAAGAUCUUCAAGUACAUCAGUUUCAAUAAGACGAUGACCCAGCUUACAUCCACACUGGCUCGCUGUGCAUUAGAUAUCUUUGGAUUCGCCAUUAUGUUCUUCAUUGUGUUCUUUGCAUAUGCUCAGCUGGGUUAUCUGCUCUUUGGAAUGGAAGUUGAAACAUUCAGCACAUUUAACAAGUGCAUUUUCACACAGUUUCGAAUCAUCCUUGGAGAUUUCGAUUACGAUGCCAUUGACAGGGCAAACAGAGUACUUGGACCAAUAUACUUUUUCUCCUAUGUGUUCUUUGUCUUCUUUGUGUUACUGAACAUGUUUCUGGCCAUCAUCAAUGACACAUACUCUGAGGUGAAGUCAGAACUCGCUUCUCAGAAAGAUGAGUUCCAGAUUGCAGAUCUCAUCAAACAGAGUUAUGAAAAGACCUUCAUGAAACUGAAACUGAAAAAGGAAAAGAUCUCUGAUGUUCAGAAAGCCCUGGAUUCAGGUUCAAGUGAGCUACAGUUUAAAGAUUUCAGGGAUGCACUGAAAGAAAUGGGUCAUGCUGACCAUGAGAUCUCAGCCGCUUUCUCCAGAUUUGACCAAGAUGGGAACCAGACUUUGGACAAGCAGGAGCAGGAGAGAAUGAAACAAGAGCUGGAGGAAAAAAGGGACGCACUCAAUGAAGAGCUCCAUAAUCUUGAAAACAGUGUUGAAUCAGCAGAGGACCACAGAGAGAAGACAGUUCCUCCGGAGGUCUUUCAGAGGCUGGUUCACAAAGUUGCUCAGCUCGAAAAUGCUGUGAUCACUAUAUUGUCCAAACUGGAUGUUAUCAUGGUGAAAAUGAGACUUCAGGCAUUCAACACAGACAACAAAGACACGGAUAGGCAGACGACUAGAGAUGAUGAAUCAAGACCAGCUUCAGGAAGGAAUAUUCAGGUAAACCUGGAAAGAGUCUUGGCUCAGGGACCAGCAUCCUGGUCAUUAGCUGGUCCGAUGGGGAAUAUGAGGAAUCGUUUGUAUUCAGACGUCGGAUGGCCAGUCGUCACUGAGAACAGUAGUUCUGCACGUCACUGAUUCAUCAAAACCUGAGUUUAAAACUGACUAAUAAUAGGCUUCAUCUAAGCCUGGUCUGUGGAUAAACAGACGCAGAAUGUGACAGUAGAGAGGAAGGUAUUACUAACUGUAGAAUAGAUGUAGUACUGUUACCAGCAGCACAGAAAUGUAUCCGUUCUCCAUACUGACUGUUUAACAUGUGCAGUUACUGUGGCAUAUGACUGACAGUCUGAUUAUCUUCCACUUUAAAGCUUGAUUAAUGUUGAGCAGUGUAACUGAUGUAUUGUGGUGUGUAAAAUACAUUCCCUCUAGUUUCUGGGAGUUUAAACUCUAUCAGGCUAAUGACAACUAUUCUUCAGAUCUUCCUUCCUAUUGAAGCAUUCAUUUCAUGACUACUAUUAGUUCUUAUGAAAGAAAUUCUCCUGUAACCUCAUGGCUAACAGAUUCUUUCCAAUCAUAUAGUAUGGAAACUUCACCGAGAGCUAAAUUUAGUGAGAACAGUCAUGGUUACAUUUGACAUAUUAUGAAAAGUCAUCAGUGCAAUGUGUAUUACAGUCUUUGGAAAGUUAAUAUAUACUUUGAGAUGUUUUCCUUAAACUCUUUCUUUACUUUGAUAUGAACCUCUUGUAAAUGUAUUUUAUAGUGUGAAGCAUAUCAGUGUAUAAACAAACUACUA